CCUUCCAAACAAACUGCAUACCAAAAAAAUCUUCAGAAACGUCUCUAAAGAGCUUUGCAAACCUCCAGAAAGCCUCAAGCCAGCUUAACCUCUCCACAAACAUGUCUUGGAGAUUUUGUAGAACAAUGCAUCUUGCCUUUGCAGCCAUUGUUGCUGUGGCAAUCUGUUCCCCAGGUUGUGCUAAUGGCAUAUCAGCGGAAAGAGUCAUAGACUCUCCUUUGUUGACCGAGAAGAUUAGCACCAACCGGACAAUCAAGGUUGAUCUCAAUGGUAAGGGAGACUUCACAUCUGUUCAAGAAGCCAUUAAUUCUGUUCCCAAUGGGAACUCCCAAUGGGUUAUCAUCCAUCUCAGGAAAGGGGUUUACAGAGAAAAAGUGCACGUACCCAAAGAUAAACCCUAUAUCUUCCUGAGAGGUAAUGGGAGAGGAAGGACGGCUAUUGCCUGGUCCCAAAGCUCUGUUGACAACAAGGCAUCCGCCACAUUUACAGUUGAAGCCAAUCAUUUCAUUGCCUUCGGCAUCAGCUUCAAGAAUGAGGCACCCACCGGUGUUGCUUAUACCUCUCAGAAUCAGUCAGUGGCAGCUUUUGUGGGUGCAGAUAUGGUUGCAUUUUACCAUUGUGCAUUUUUUAGUACCCACAACACUCUCUUUGAUUAUAAAGGGAGGCAUUACUAUGACAACUGCUACAUCCAGGGCUCAAUUGAUUUCAUCUUUGGCCGGGGAAGAUCUCUCUUUCGUAACUGUGAGAUCUUUGUGCUGCAAGACAAGAGGAUUAAGAUUCAUGGGUCCAUUACAGCUCAAAACAGGGGAAGUCCACAAGAUAACAGCGGUUUUGUGUUUGUCGAAGGGAAGGUUUAUGGCAUUGGAGGUGUCUACCUGGGAAGGGCUAAAGGCGCCUAUUCGACUGUGGUUUUUGCAAAGACCUACUUGUCCAGGACAAUCGUACCCCAUGGCUGGACAGAUUGGAGCUACCACGGCGGCUCAGACCAUCUGUUCCAUGCGGAAUACGACUGCCGUGGGCCAGGAGCCGAUACAAGUGAGCGAGCUCGUUGGGCAAAACAACUGACCGAGAAGGAAGCUGCUUACUGGACUUCCAUUGAUUUUAUAAGUGGCAAGGAUUGGCUGCCUGUAUGGCUAUGAACUUUGCUGUAGUAACUAUACAUUAUGAGGUUCUUGUGGCAUUUCAGUCUCCAUGACUUACUGCUAACUGAAAUUGCUGGGUUUUCACGCAUAGUCUGGCCUGUAAGCCUUGAAGCUCAGAUGUAAAAACAGACAAUAUAAUAUACUCAUCAUUUUGUAAA